GAAGGUAAAGAUGGCAGCACUAGAAAGGUGCUCGUUUUUAUGGCUCUUUUUAUCGAUAAUAUUUAACAGUGAGGAAUCCAGGGCGCCACAAGAUGUAAAAUUCAUAUCCCAGAAUUUCCAUAAUGUUCUUCACUGGAAACCAGGAAAUGGCAUCGAAAACACCACUCUGUUCUUUGUGCAACACCAAAGGUUUGGAUAUGAGUGGGCAAACAAAACGGAAUGUUGGGGCAUCAGAGUGACUUGCUGCGACCUCACACGCGAGACUAUUCCACUUCCUGAAUUAUUUUUUGCGAGAGUGAGAGCAUUUUCAUUCAACAAAUUUUCAAACUGGACAAUGAUUGAACCAUUUUGUCCAAUGACAGACACUGUCAUCGGGCCUCCAGAGACUGAAGUGAUUCCCUUAGAAAAGUCAAUUUUGAUUAAAUUGACUGCUCCCCGCACGGCCUUCAAAAGGGAAAAUGGAAGCCAGUCAGUGAAAGACACAUAUCAUGAAGUCAAAUAUCAUAUAAUCUUAUCAGUCAAAGCAAAAGAUCAGGUUGGUUUGGAGCCCCAGAGGACUUACAUUACAAAAAAUGAAACAUUUGAGAUCCAGCACCUAAGCACUGGAACGAUCUACUGCAUUACUGUUAGAACAGAGGUUUCACUCAAUGAUAACGUUGGUGACUUGAGCAAGGAGCAGUGUGUAACACUGGCAGAGCCAAGUGCUUGGAUAGUGAUUAUCUGCUCGGCAGGUGGGGCUUUAGUCCUGAUUACACUUUCCAUUUAUUUAUGCUUUAAAUACAAGUAUGUCUUUGACCCUAAGCUACACUACCCUGCGGUGUUGACAACCUGGAAUAAAAAAGAGCAGGAGACUGUUGUGUUUUCACCUCCAAUCAUCGAAGAAACAUAUAUUGACAAAUGGGAACUCACAGAACUCUCAAAACAUCCCAGCACCUUGCAGUUUCAAAAUAAGUGUGCAGCAAAGGCACCUUGCAAAAAAUAUAUCAACGUUGAAUCCCCAGGUAGUUUUAAAUGCAAAAUAUUUGAUCCUAGCUCCAUUCCCCUGGAUAUCAUGAUCUUCUGUAAUUAUCUUGAAACACCCACAUUCACUGGCUCUGAUUAUGUAGAGAUGGUGGCAGAAUUAGACACCCUGUUAUCUCUGGACCAAAGACAUGACAACAUCGGACGGCAUAGACUAUCCAGGGAGCUCUGCCAAUGUCAACUCUGCGCCCAAUAUGAAGAAAAAUGUCAAGCUCAGGAAGUAGUACAAUCAAAGCUCUUAUCUCCAUCUCCAGAAUAUAUCAAUCAGGACAUUUGUGAAACCCAGAUUUUACAUAACUGCAGAUAGACCGUCCAGGAAAUGAAUACACCUUGCGUUCUGUACUGAUGUAUAAAUAAGAUAUUGAACAAAAGACAUCUGUACCUUGAGCAACUCGUUUAAAUUCACAAGGAAAUAGGUGCAGAAGGAGGCCAUUUGGCCCUUCGAGUCUGCACCGCAAUGUAAAUAAAUUUGUUUUGGUGUAAAAUAAACAGUAUAUAUUGCAGAGAA